AUGAGCAAGGUUCCCGCCGUUCUCAAUGCCACCGAGCAGGAGGUCCAGUCCAUGUUGGCUGCCCAGACCCACAUCGGAACCAAGAACUUGGACAUCCAGAUGAACCCCUACGUGUGGAAGCGCCGUAACGACGGUAUCCACAUCAUCAACAUUGGCAAGACCUGGGAGAAGCUUGUCUUCGCCGCCCGUAUCAUCGCCGCCGUCGAGAACCCCGCCGACGUCUGUGUGAUCGCCGCCCGCCCUUACGGUCAGCGUGCCGCCUUGAAGUUCGCCCAGUACACCGGCGCUCAGGCCAUCGCCGGUCGUUUCACCCCCGGUACCUUCACCAACUAUAUCACCCGUACUUUCCGUGAACCCCGUGUCCUUUUGGUGACCGACCCCCGCACCGACCACCAGGCCAUCAAGGAGGCCUCGUACGUCAACAUCCCCGUCAUUGCCUUCUGCGACACUGACUCUCCCCUCAAGCACGUCGACGUUGCUAUCCCCACCAACAACAAGGCCAAGCACGCCAUUGGUCUUGCUUACUGGUUGUUGGCCCGUGAGGUCCUCCGCAUCCGUGGAACCAUCGCUCGCUCCAGCCAGUGGGACGUUAUGGUUGACAUGUUCUUCUACCGUGACCCCGAAGAAGCUGAGAAGGAGGCUGAGGCUGCUGCCGCCGCCCCCGAGAAGUUCGGUGGUGAGGCCGCCGCUGGUGACUGGGGAGCCGAGACUACCACCGCCGCCCCCGCUAACCUUGAGUGGGAGGCCUCUGGAACUGGUGUCGCUGACGUUGCUGCUCUCGCCUCUGCUCAAACCGGUGACUGGGCUGCCUCCACCGGCGAGUGGGGUGCGGAAUAA